ACUGACGCCCUCUGGACACAGUGGACAGUUGAGCGGCGGCAGAACACCAUCCUGGAGAAGUUCAAAGAGAGAAAACAGCCUCCGUCCUGCUCCAAAAGAAAACCUGCGAGCUCCUUAACUGCGUCGUGGUGUUUCCAGUGCCGUGCUGGUGAGCCGUCAGGAUGAGGCCUGGUCAGCUGAUCCUCCUUCCCGCCGCCGCCGCUCUCCUCUUCCUCCUAUCAGGGCUGUCUCUGACCUCCGGCUGCAACAAAGCCCUCUGCGCCAGCGACGUCAGCAAGUGUCUCAUCCAGGAGCUGUGCCAGUGUCGGCCGUCCGACGGGAACUGCUCGUGCUGUAAAGAGUGCAUGUUGUGUCUGGGGAACCUCUGGGAGGAGUGCUGCGACUGCGUGGGGAUGUGCAACCCGAAGAACUACAGCGACUCUCCGGCGACGUCGAAGAGCACCGUGGAGGAGCUGCACCGUCCAAUCCCGUCGCUGUUCCGAGCCCUCACCGAGGGCGACGCUCCCAUCAACAUGAUGGUCGUGUCGUUCCCCGUCGCCGAGGAGCUGUCGCACCACGAGAACCUGGUGUCCUUCCUGGAGUCGCUGGACGGGCAGCACCAGAACGUGUCGGUGCCUGGAAACAGCAUCCACGCCAGCUACGACACUCAAGAAAACAUGUGCACAGUGGUCUACUUUGACGACUGCGUGUCCAUUCGUCAGUGCAAACUAUACUGCGAGUCCAUGGGAGGGUCCAAGUACCGCUGGUUUCACAACGCCUGCUGCCAGUGCAUCGGACCGGAGUGCGUCGACUACGGCAGCAAAGCCGUGAAGUGCAUGAACUGUCUCUUCUGAAGUGCCGGGCACAUAUUGGUACCAAAUGUCUGGUCCAUACCAGAGGACUGAGGGCAGAGGAAACCAUGGCUGUUCUGUGUUAGCAUUCCUCAGUUACCUUGUAAAAUACCCCCUUUUACCACCCUUCCUCCUACCCUGCAAAGUGUUUUUAUUCUGCUGUUAUUGUUUCACUGUAUAUUUUUAGAUAUUUUUUCAAUAGUGUUUUUUUUUUAUUUUUUUUUUUUACUAGAGGUGUAUAUGAAUAAUGUAUUUUUACAAUUACGGUCCGCUAAAUCUCAGUCUCAUGCCAAAUAAAGAGAAGUUUGGUGACGUGGACUGUUUGGUCUCACCGAAAA